UUCGGUGCGUCUCGGUCAGCCCGCAGCAGUCUCCUUCCCGGCGAGGAUUCACUACAGCGAUGGCUGCGAAAGUGUGCAGAUCAGUACUCCUGUUGUCCCGGAGCAGCGGAGCGGUGGCCGGCAGCCUCCCCGCACUUGUUGUCUCUUCACAGCGACACCAUCAGCACAUAAGACCGCAGGACGUACUGUCUGCUCCUUUCACCCGUCAGACUGUCAGGAGAGCACAUGGCCUACGGUCAGCAGCCCACUCCACACUGUUCACCCAGCCUCCCACUGCCCUGUCUCCACAGGUUUGGAGGGGCGGUCCCUCAUGGCAUGGCCAGAGACUGUUGUGUUCCUCUGCUGCUCCAGAGGAGGUGACAGUGGUGUAUCAGAACGGGCUGCCGGUGAUCUCAGUCAGUUUGCCGUCCAGGCGAGAGCGCUGUCAGUUCACCCUCAAGCCUCUCAGUGACUGUGUGGGAGUGUUCCUGCAACAGCUCCAGGCAGAAGACAGAGGCAUCGACCGGGUAGCCAUCUACUCCAUGGAUGGAGCGAGGGUUGCCUCCUCCACAGGUAUAGACAUACUGCUGCUGGAUGACUUCAAGCUCGUCAUUAAUGACACCACACACCUCGUGCGGCCACCAAGGAGAGAGCUGCUGCCCCACGAGGAGGCAGAAAGGCUGAACGACGUCAAGUUUCUGGUGCAGCAGCUCUACACCACCCUGCGCAUCGAGGAGCACCAACUUAGCAAAGAGCGUGAGCUGAUUGGACGACUGGAGGACCUCAACUCUCAACUGCGCCCCCUAGAGAAGGUCAAGGAGGAGUUGAGUAAGAAGGCCGAGCGGCGUACCACCUGGGUGCUGUGGGGUGGUAUGGCAUACAUGGCCACCCAGUUCGGGAUACUGGCCCGGCUCACCUGGUGGGAGUACUCCUGGGAUAUCAUGGAGCCCGUCACCUACUUCAUCACUUAUGGCACAGCCAUGGCCAUGUACGCCUACUUCGUGCUUACACGCCAGGAGUAUGUUUACCCCGACGCUAGGGACAGACAGUAUCUGCUGUUCUUCCACAAGGGGGUGAAAAGGACACGCUUCGACAUUGAGAAGUACAACAAGCUGAAGGACGAUAUCGCUGAGGUGGAGUUGGAUCUGAAGCGUCUUCGGGACCCGCUCCAGCUCCAGCUCCCAGUUCAGCAGCUCACCGCCAGUAAAAAUUGAUGGAAAGAGUGACUCCCUCCUCUCUCAGCUCCUGCAAGCCCCUUCCUCUCUUCCCUCCCGCUGUCCAACACCCUUUUCCCUCCUCACCCUCACCCCUCCCUCCAUCCCUCCAACACCUAAAAAUCCCACCCCUUUCUUGACUGUGGGAGUUUUUUUUCUUUUUCUUUGGUUUUUUUUUUGUUUGUUUGUUUUGGGUAUUUUUUUUUCUUUUUUUGACUUUACUUUCCUGACUGAAAACCAGUUGGAAUUGCAAGUGAAAACCGCUAGAAGACGAAGAAGGAUGGUGAGAAUACCAGGAACUGAAUAACUCGUACAUCCGAAAGGUUGGUGAGGAUGAUGAUAAGGAUGACGACGAUGAUGAUGAUGUUGAUGAUGAUGGAAUAAAACUGGGCACUAUGGAUAUGCCUCAAGUCUCCAGAGGUACAGCCUGCAAGGAACUCCAGGGGGAAAACGGGAAUUAUCACACCUCCAGACACUCCAGGACAGAGGACAUGCAGAGGGACAUUGUUGAGUGUGUGUGUGUUUGGGACUUUCAGGGUACACUGGGACACCGACCCUGGCUACACUGCGGGUCAAUACAACCGUAUAGUCCCACUUCCUUGAGCAGUCAAACUGUCAGCACACACACACCAACUCUUGGUUGGGGCAGGUUCCAGGGAGAUUCUCUAUCCCACAUGUUAAAGUUUACAAGAAAGUCCUUACUGCAGUUGCACCAUCAGGGAGACCUUCGUCCUCCUGUAGCUGAACUCUGCUGCCUCUCCCUCCCUGGGCCACGCCUCCACCAGGUGACGGACAGCCGUCCUUCCCAGUGUGACCUUCGUGAGGAGCUUGUCUCGACUCGCAGGAUGUAGGCAUGACGACGCCUCGUUUCCUCUUCCUGUUGAUGUCCUGUAGCAGCCCAGUCUGCGCAAGUAUGAGAGUACUACCGACAACAACAUCACUGUGUGUUCUUUUAUUCCAAAAAAAUAAUAUUUUGGCACUUUUUAUUUUGAAAGCCAUAGUAUAUUUGUUAUGAAAGAAUAAAUAAAUAUAUAUAUAUGUAUACAAUCAAAUAGACAGAUGACCAGAGGCUAGUUUUUUCAGUGGGCGGAGGAGCUCUCUUACCAACAUUAUUUCAUGAGGAACUCAUUAACAUCCUCUAAAGAUCUCCUGCCAUGAAGGACCCCCCGCUAACGCACAUCCGCAACGUCACAAACGCACACAGACAUUAUACUGUAUGCUAUUUCUUAUCUUUUCAUGACAAACACACACAGUAUAUUUCACUGUAGCUACAUCUGUCCAAGUUGGACAUAAGGCUCCUGUGCAUGGUCACCAAAGAGGGGGGAGCAAUGUUGAAGCCAUUGCUAAAUUCUUAACACAAUGAAGGGUUAAAAUGUUUAGAGACCACUGCCUCAAACAAACCUACAGGCAUGUCAUAUUUAAUAAAUCUGAUGAACUGAAUGGCUCUAAAAAAAAAAAAAAAAGUAUAGCAGCAGUUUACAGGAGGAGCAGAAUUUGAGUAAAUUAGAGUAAAUUGCCUGCAGUUCAGUAUCCACUUUUCUCAGUACCAUAUAUUUUUUCUUUUCCAAUUGAACCUAUUAUUUAAAGAUUAUACACAAAAUAACAAAAGGCUGCACCUAAAAAGAAAAAACACCAUGGCAUUGAUUCAUAGAGCCUUUUUCCAUCCUGAAAUAAAGCCAGAGUCUUCUCCUCCCACUGUUGCUGUAAUGCCCCCCUGCUCCCUUGAUGGCAAGGCAGGGUAGACUGCAUGCUGUGGUAUGCCCUCAGUAGAAAUUUGUGAAUGUGUAGGAGCAUUAUUGCAAUUUUGUACUCAAUUGGACUCUUUUGUUUGCCACAUCUAGCUGAAGUCUCAUCCCCCCGAUAGGUUAAAACAAAGGUUAUAGAAGCCAUAUGUUUAUUUUGUCCAUUUUCUUUUUUCUUUUUUUUUUUUUUGGAUCGUCACAGGAUAAACCUUUGUCAGCUUCACUACAUUUUCUGUUCAGGGUGAGGAUUGGGAUUGGUGGCCCUCUCUCCGGUCCCAUUUAUGUCUCCAAAAAAAAAAAAAAAAAAAAAUCUCAAAGCCAGUUAUUUUCACUCUGAACUGCUGUAGAUCACCUCUGCAGAGGGGGAAGCACAAUGACAUGAUGUCCCUGCGCACAGACUCUAGUCCAAGAUCAUCUCCUGCUUGUGUGUGAACAGUCGGCUGAAUCCUACUGAAGAGAUCCUUGUGUUUAACUGCAGAUUUUUUUUUUUAAUUAAAAUGCAUGAUUUUAGGCCAAAUCAGAAGUUAGCCAUGUUAAUCUCAAAGCAGGAUUUGGUCUGAUCUGUUACUGUGUGUGUGGUGUGUGUGUGUGUUAUCUCCAAGGGAAAUGGUGCCUUUUGGAUGAUUAAGAAUUUAAACUGUAUAAACAGCGUUACAAUUUGGUAAACAGCAAUGAUAAGAUUAUAGAAUAAGUUAUUUGGAUCGACCCCUUUAUAUAAAGGAGGGUUAAAUUUCAAUGUUUGCAAGUGGAAAUUUUGCUCUGUGUGUGUUUACGUGUGAACGUGUGUUUAUAGAAUCCAUGUGUUGACGAGUGGGGAGGGCACAUGGGACAAAGUUCAUAUCACCAUAUUCAUGACCGCUUUGUCCCUAAUCCCUGCCUGUCAAUAGUGGUGAAAAUCAAUUCCACCCUCAUCCCACUUCAUAGCCGUCAUUAGCUUUAAAUUCAUGUCUGCAUACAUGCUAGUGUAGACACACAUCACGACAUACACACACACACACACACACACAAAGUGACAAUGGUGUUUCCUUGGAGAUGUACUGUGGGAGGUGAGAGAGUUGAGGCCUCUGUCUGCAGUCCAAUCCUCCCCUCUGCUGUUUCUAUACAACACUUCUCUCCAUCAUCACCUCCUCCUUUUUAUCAUGCCAUCCAACAUUUAUUGCCUUUGUUUUUCUCUCGCUUUAAUUUUUUAAAAACAAAAUAUAUCAAAUAUAGGGAAACUUUAUUAUAAAGAGGGUGUUGCAUGAAUGUAUGUUUACAUGGGAAAUAAUGUAAAAAAAAUUUAAAAAUAAGGAUUUAUCAAAAAAAACAAACAAACAAAAAAAAAACAACCUGCAAAGAUAAUUUAAGGACGUUGUUUGUAGAGAUUCCUAGUUAUAAAGGGCAGUGGACAGGGCUUGCGUCUUUAGAGUCUGCCCUGCCAAAUCUAAUUUAACCCCAGCCAACCAACUUCUCAAACCCCUGUCCCAUCUUCACCUUAUUUACUCCCAUAAACCCGCCCUCAUCAUGCAUUUAUACUCCCCAGUAAAUGGAAAAACACCCUCCAUCCUCGGUGCACCUAUAAAGGAGGCUUUAUGACCUCUUGACCUCAGUUACUAUCGUCCUAGAUCCAACAGAAAAGCUCCAGGGGCACUCUGUUAGCUUAUCGGGGAACACCUCCCAUUCUCGUCCCUCUCUCUUGUCAUUUUCAUCCACCCUCACCCUUUUUUAUCCAAAAUCACAUUAUUAUUCUCUGUUUUGAAUGUGUUUUGUUUUGAAUAUCUUGUGUGCACUUACAAUAAGACAUGUUUAAAAUGCCUCAAGAGUGAAGCAGAAUAUAGGAUUGAAAUGAUCUUGUACUCCAUUCUGACCUCUUAUUUUAUUUUUGUUUUUCUUGUCUUUUUUUUCUUUUGUUGACAUAUGAUGCUGUAAUGUUGGCAAAAAAGAAAAUGUAAAAUCCUGUAUCAUUUAUGAAAUAUGUAUAAAAGAGAAAUGUAAUUCAAUUAUCAAUAAAAUCCUUAUCCAGUUUUUGGA